GUUCAAGACGGGUUUUGCAGCAGCAUUGCCAACGAUCUGCCACCGUGCCUUCAUUCCGAGAGCCUUGUCAAGGCCUGCGAUCACGGCCGCCCGCUGGCAAUGUGCUUUUGAGCUCCUGCACAGCAAUGCAAGCAGGCGGAUCUUGCCCUCCCUACCGGAGCUGUCAUCUUCUCUAAGCUCUUGCAUUUGGUAUGGAAGAUGGAAUGAGGCCUUGGGAGCGCUCUAUUGGGCACGGAGCUUGCACGUGAAUCCUGAUGCGGUUUGCUAUAACGUGGUCAUCUCUGCCGCUGGGAAGAAUGUGCGUUGGCCUGUGGCCAUCACAGUUUUCCACCUGAUGCGUCAACAAAGUGCCGAACCUACUGUCUCCUCUCACAAUGCUGCAAUUUCAGCGUUUUCUCUUGCUCUACACUGGGCGUUAGCGUUGGACACAUUGAAGUUCCUGAGGCACCUGGGACCAAAGGCAGAAAGGCCUGGCUUUGGUGCAACGUUGAAGGCAUGCAGUGCAGCAGCACAAUGGCGCCAUUCAAUUGUUUUGAUGCAAGAAAUGCAGCAAAGCAAAGUUGCAGCAGAUAUGCAGGCUUUCCAAUCUCUGAAGAGGGAAGAUUGACACCAACUAGCCACUCCAGGCUUGGUUGAUUGCUUGACAUCGUUCUUUGCAGGCUAUGCAGGACUUGCAGUUAGCAUUGGAGGUGAUUCACACCCGUCACGAAAAGCAUGUGCCUCCCAUGUUAGUGCCUCGGCAAGUUGCUAUGGUUUGUGGCUUGGCCCUGGGCCAGGCAGAUGAGAUUGAGAUGAAAGGCGUGACCUUCAUGAGUGCUUCAUUACCACGUCUGAUGUUGUUUUUUGAACGUGAAAGGCCACUGUAGUAUAUAUAGCCAAUAUAUGCAACUGGAUGUUGUUCCUUUGCAGCAUGGCUGCGGGAAGACUGAUAUGCAAUGUAAAAAAAGGAAUUGUGUCACUCUGUUGAAUGCUAGGUUGAUUGGAAGCAACAACUCUCCCACGACACAGAAAUCCAAACACAUGCCCGGAAGCUUUUGUCGAAAACACAUUCUUUGACCUUUCCCAGACAAGCGCGGG